AUGUCGAAAGUAAUUCCUAAACCUGAUAAUUAUAUUGGUAGUGUAGCCUUGGCUUCUUUUGAUCCAUUGGAAGGUACAACGCUACUAUGCCAAUGGGAGCAUAGUUUAGAGAUUACUGGAGGCAUCUUAGAAGAUUAUUUAAGAUUUUGUUUUAGAACUAAUUACAUUCCUCCACAAUCAAAGUCAAAUUCAAGUCCACAACAAGAAACCCCAGCAGCUUUAGAGUUCCAAACAUCAAUAGUUUCAAUUCCAAGUAAUGGACAUCAAUUAGUUACAACAAAAUUCCAAAAUAAUAAACAAAACAAGAUAACAAGUUAUUGCAUGAUCUUCGUAUUAUACAUAAAAAACAUAAUUCACUCAGAUGAAUUAAAUUCGAUGUUAAAUUCAGUAAGUACAGUUGCAGCAGCCCAAGCAAAGGCAAUUAUACAAAAAGGAGAUCCAAUUGAUUACAUCAAUCCUAUUGUUGCAAGAUCAGUACAUCAUAUAAAAGCAUUAUUAGAAUCUCAUAUCGAAAAGACACCACCUAUGCCGCAAAUUCUUCAAACAGAUAUACCAUUCUAUUCAGCAGCCUUAUCCUCCCAUUUUCAAACCCAAAUGACUACGAUUAUUGAAGCAUCUUCAAUUGAAAUCGCGAAACCAAUUUUCGACUUCCUUUCUCACUUCCUUCUUCCAUACCAAUUUGCUCUUUCAUCUCCAAUCAUGCAUAACGAACCUAUACGAGGUCUAUAUUUGCAAUGUGUUCGUAAAUGCAACGAAUUACCAAAAAAUUUACUGUUUCAAUUCGACAGAUCAUGGACGUGGGUUAGAGCCGAUUCCCACAUUGUAUUCCAAUCACCAAAUAUCUACAGACAACAACAGAUUUCAAGGGAAUACAUGAUGUCGAUCACUUUUGAUUCAUCAGCUUCAAAAGAAGAAAUUGAAGCGAGAUUGACCAAAUUCAAGAAGGUUUAUAAGACUGAUUUAGCAACACAUGAAGCGGAGAGAUGGUCCAGUGUGUUUAUAAGGAAAUUGCCUAAUGCAUCGCCCGUUGAACAAGAGUUUCUUUGCAAUACGAUGGUGAGAAACUUGUUGGAGAAAGGAAUGCUGUUGAUUGAAUUAGUUGACCAUUAUUUGAAUGAAACUGGUUUGAAUUUUUUGAGGGCGGAACAAACAACAGAAAUAACUGGUUGUUUGGGAAUUACUGACAAAGACGAACUCGGUGCUAUCACUGCUGUUGCUCAGCUCUAUGACCAGAGAACAUUUAAGAGAAUGAUCACUGCAAAGGACGUGUUGAAAAAACUACUUGCAGUUUAA